GAAGUAUGUUGUGGACAUAAUCAAUGAUCGUUGGAGGCAACAUAAGCAUCAACUAAAAAAAAGUUUUGGGAACCGCAUCAAGAUUCUCCUGUACGGUUCUUGUGCGGUGAGCAUGGUGUGGACAACGGUCAAUGGGUUAAGUUUGUGGAAAACUUAGACAGAGUCGAGAUGAAGGAAAAGGCUGCAAUAAAUGUCAAUAACAGGAAACAAAAGAAGAUUAGCCACACAACUGGAACUUUGACUUAUGCAGCUAAAAUCUAUCAAUGGCAAGUUGAAAACAACAAAGAUGCACCGCCGAACCGUAAGGAAAGAUUCAAGAUAACACACCUAAAAAAGGGUUCCAAGACACAGUACAUUGAUGAAGCAUCCACACAAGCUGUGCUUAGCUUGGAACAAAAAGAAGCAGAAAAAAGGAACCAAAAUAUCGACAUAACCCUUGAAGUUGUAGAAGACAUAUAUGCAGAGGUGUUUGGUGUUGAGAAGAGAAACCGCGUUAGGGGAAUGGGGACCGGGUAUACAUGGUCAGAUGUUCCGUUUAUCCAUACAGAGAAACGAGGGAUUUCAAAGGAGGUGGAGGCAUUAAGAGCUGCUGUGGAGGAACAAAAAAAAGUGUCUGAAAGAGCAUCCAUGGAGCAGAUUUCUCAAGUGUCAUCAUCUCAAGGGGAAACUUCAAUGCCUCAAAUGCAAUCAGCUCUUCCAGAUGAAGCUCUAGCAUGA